UUCAUUAGUUCUGCUUUUAAUCAAUUUGCCUUACAUUUUAAUCAAUCAAGAAGAACGGGAAAAUGAAGUCUUUCUCCAGCGUUUCCAAUUCACUAGAUGCAAUCCAUCUCAAGAAAAAGUCCGUUAAAAUUUCUACCAUUCUGCCAUUCCGCGAUGCAUCAGCAGUCAGCGUUGAUUACGAUAGAAAACGCAUGUCGGCGAGGAAGAGUCUUGCUUUUCAGGAUAGGGGUGUGCUUGAAGCAAUCAAAACACGAGAUAAAGUUAAGAUUGUUCAGAAUGGUAUAGACGUAACUCCCAAACAUUUUGGUAAAUUUAGAUUUGAUUUUGAUAUCAGUGAUACGGUUCCAUCGGAGGGCAUAUCACUUUGGGGUGUACCAGGAGAACGACGCUCUACCACAUCUACCAUACAUGCUGAUUUGUACAAAUCGUCACUGUCAUUUACACGAAGAACAAGUACAAUCGAUAUGGACACAAUGUGUAACGAGAUCGAAAUGGGUGGAGGUGUAAUGGAAGACGAUCGGCAAUACUUUUUCAAUGAUGAUGUCGACGAAGAGCCAGAACAGUCGUUUCUAAAAGUUAUUUUACGAGAAACUGACGAUGUCGUUUUAUAUGAAUGUAACAGUACAACUGUCCCAGCGGAAUCUGAGGAUGCAGCAACUGUCUUGGAAGACAAUACAAAAUAUGAAUAUUUAACUGUUGGUAAGGGAAAACAUCGACCGACUUUGGAUGCAGAAACUCAAACAUCUCUAGUGCUCAUGAAGUCUGUGGGUGCUAAUACCGAGCGAAUUAAAACUGAAAAUGCAGCCACGUUUGUAUCAAACUUUGAAAUGUACGAUACGUACACUGAUUUGGAACGAAUUACAGAAUCUGUUGAUCUAGACACGGAAAAUACACUUCAAAUGACAACAUACUCCAGAGAUGGUUUCAACGUAAUUGACGAUAUGUUACGAAGAAGUAAAAAUUUCAAAUUUUCUUCAAUGGUCUUGCAACGACUUCUAGCUUCCAAUAUUUACCGCGAACAACAAAAACGUUUUCGCAACAUGAUCAUGCCAGAUCCGUUAGACUUGUCCAUAAAAUAUCUGUACCGAUUAGAACCGCUAUGGACCUAUAAAAUGACCGAGACUAUUGGCAAAGGAGUUUCUAGCCUCUCUUGGUGUCAUGGCAAUUCUGACAUUCUAGCCGUUGGUUAUGGCGUUUACGAUUUCGUUCCAUAUAUUUACAGAACUGCGGGCUAUGUAGCCAUUUGGAGCAUUAAGAAUCCGGUGAAUCCCGAACGUCGAUAUCGAUUUGAUCAUCCUGUAACAUCAGUUGAAUUUUCAAAAGAAACUCCUCAGCUACUGGCUGUUGGAUUUUUUAAUGGAAUGAUUGAAGUACUAGAUAUAUCCGAUAGUGAUACCGACUGUGUUGUCGCCAGAAGCCAGAGAAAUGAAUCAGCAAGCUUUGAGCCAAUAUGGGACAUGAAAUGGGUGUUAGCUGGUACGGAAGAGGAAUUACUAACUGUGUCAGAAGAUGGGAUCGUUAUGAAAUAUAAAUUGAUCAAUAGCCCCUACUUACUUGGUCUGAGACAAAUUAAACUAGACAUGGUUUUGGGCGAUGUCGAAGGGCUCGUUGUUAAUAAUAUUCGUUCACUCGCAGUGAUGGAUAGGCAACCGCAAGCACUUUGCAUUGAGAUGCAUCCAAUACAUAAAGACAUAUUCUUUAUCGGCACAAACGAAGGCUGUCUUCAUAGAUGCUCGACAUUCAUUCCUAAUCAGUAUUCGGGAAUUCUUCGCGUCCAUAAAGGAUCCGUAUCCGGAAUGGAGUUCUCGCCGUUUAGCCCGAAAAUAUUUCUAACGUAUGGUAGUGAUUGGUACGUCCGAAUUUGGAUCGAAGGAAUUACGACACCUAUCAUUGAGCUGAAUAGUGGCUUUAAGCCGAUUCGGUCAGCACAUUGGUGCCCGAACCAUUCAACGAUAAUUGCAUGCACAACGAAAUCGAAAUUGAAUAUUUGGAACCUUCGGAAGUCCAUUUUGAAGCCGGCUUCCACAAAGACAUUUGAGUCUCCUUUGACUAUAUGCAGAUUCUCAAAGUGCGGCCGUUCUUUAGUUUAUGGUAUGUCUGAUGGCAGCACCCAUUGUAGUGCACUCGAGGAUAUGCCAUUCCCUCCGCAUUUUCAAUACGAUGUAUUAGAGGAAGUUGUACAAAGUGCUGUCAGAUCGAGACCAGAACUUCAACUACAAGUCAAAAUUCUCGGUUUUCUUGGUUAUAACAAAGACAAUAAAAAGUAAAUUAAUUGUUCACAAUACGAGCAUGUAACCAGAACUUGGUGAAUUAAUUGACUCCCCAUGUAAUUCUAUUUUGAAAUCUUACUAAUUCGUCGGAUUUAAUUAUCAUCACGAGUUGCCGUUCUAUCGAUGUCUUUUCGGUUGUAAAUUCAUCUCAGUUCAUGUUCGUUUAAUUAGAUUAAUAAUUCAUUUGGA